AUGAAACUCUUUGCCGCUUUUCAAAUCGCUACAGUUGUGUUGGCGGAGACCGACGGAAUCGUUGACGACGAUGUUUGCGUUUUCGGAGGCGUUGAAGUUGAUUGCGAGACUAAAGAACCCUUGAUUCCUGCCUUGGCGAGAGCCGGAACCCGAGCACUCCCAGAUGGUGACCGACGAUAUGCCGAUCUUAAGGCUAUCCACAAGAAAAUGUGGAAAGUCAACGGGCUCAAUGGAAAAGACAAGUUUGAUGAGAGACAGUUGUGGGCUUACGGAUGCCACUGUCACCUCCUAGGUGAUCGACCUCUCUCUGAAAUGGGCCGUGGAGCUCCCAAGGACGCUUUGGACAACAAGUGCAAGGCUUACAAAGACUGCCAAAAGUGCGUUCGAGAAAAGCACGGAGACACCUGCAUCGGCGAAUUCGUCGAGUACACCUGGAAAUUCUCCUCGAAAAACAAGCAGUUCGAGUCGCAAGACAACGAGUCUUCCUGCUCUCGAGAGCUGUUUGAGUGCGAUGUUCAGUUCGCCAAGGACAGCUUCAACCAGCUCAGAGUCUUCGACGAGCAGUACCAUUUCUUCUACGGAGGCUUCGACAACAGAGACCCAGAAAAUUGCGUUUCUACUCCUGGCAUUCCAGUUGAGCAUCAAUGCUGCGGCGGUCACAACAAACCUUACCACUGGAUUGGAUUGAACAAGAGCCAAUGCUGCCCAGACUCUGCAGGACUCUCCGGAUACGUUGCUGACGCUGAUGCCACCUGCGAAUAA